GAGCAUCCAACGCACGCUUCACAACACAUGCACCACCAUCCGGCAAAACCACGCAGAAAUGGCUCCCGUACUGUGGUGCUCCCCGGCCGAGCAGAGGUGACGAGUGCCAAAUGCGUUCUCCCAAGCAACCGGCGAAGCUCGCCAUGCUUUUACUGCUGGUAUUGCUGCUGCUCUGUGACGGAGUUGGCAACGUCCAUUGCGCAAGGAUCCACGAGAAAAGCGCCGAUCUGCACGCUCUGCUCGACUUCACCUUGAGUAACUGGAGUACCAAAGGCCACUUCUGUCACUGGAAUGGUGUCACAUGCACCACGACACCACCAUUCUGUGUCUCGUCACUUCUUCUCGCUAGCCAAAACUUGGCAGGCCAAAUUAGCUCCUCUCUAGGAAACCUAACUUCCCUCACACAGCUUCACCUUUCGGGGAACUACUUUGUUGGCCCCUUAGGCCAACUCCACCGCGCCACCCCAUCCUGUCUGGCCCUGUCCGUUUGGGACAAAAGGGAUAAAGGAGGCGGUCCAAUGCGCGAGGUCCCGGACCCAUCUUGUCCAUUUUGUAUCCGGGCCGACCCAUUUCGAGCGCAAACUUGCGCCGGGUUUGAGUCACGGCAGACACCAAACGGACGCGCGCCUCGUCCGCUUCGGGGCCGCGUGACAGGCGGUCACCUACCUCCCACUCGCCCACAUCAAUGCGCACGAGGGGGCGGCCUCACCUGUUAUCCGCAUGUCGAACGGUCGCCGUCCUUCUUUAAGUGGGAAGCGUGGACGGGUCGUCGUCCACACUGCCCCACGCCACCCAGCGGCCUCCUCGAACCCUGACAGCGCCGAACCCUAGCCUUCCUUUGUCCUCGAGCUCGCCGGCCGCCCACCUCGCCAUGGGCUUCUGGAACGGCAAGGGCAAGCACGACCGCGAGGCCGGCUCCUCCUCGGGGCGCCGCCGCGGAUCCGUGAAGAAGGAGGAGCCCGCGUCUCCGCCGCGCUCCUCCCGUCGAGCCCCCGCGUCACCGCCGCGCUCCUCCCGUCGAGCCCCCGCGCCGGCCCCCUUCACCAUUGCCCAUAGGCCCUCCGGCGAGCGCGACCGGCAGUACAUCUGCGCGGACGUGUGCCGGAGGUACUGGGAGAUGAGGAUGCCGGUCCGGUGGAGCGACGCCCACCUCCCCAACGGGUGGCACCUCUUCGCGGACCGGGUCCCCAUCCCGCCAGUGCUGGCGACCGGCCGUGCACGGCGCGAUGAGAUCAACCGCCGCCGCCGCCUCCUCCCCGACGACCUGUACUACGACCACGGGUAUGCCCCCGACUCCCCGCUCUGGGGCACAUGGCUCCAGGACGAGCACGACACGCGCCGCGCGUCCUAUUUCGCCGGCACCGUGUCGGGGCCGCGGAGGCCACGUGCAGAGCCGCGCGGGCGUACGCGGGUGCGCGGCCUGACGCCCACGCCGUCGCCUUCCCCGUCUCCGUCGCCCCCUCCCCCUCCUCGCAUGAUAGAGGAGGAGGAGGCCCGUCUCCUACAGCGUGUCAUGGCGGACUCCAUGAACACGCACGACGAGCGGCAGUGGGACGGCCUGGAGGAGGCCAUGGCCCUCUCUGCCGCCGGGGACGUCGCCUUCCCGGAGCUGCAGCUGGCGGCCGUCACGGCGGCCGUCACGGAGGAGCCGAUGGAGGAGGACCCGCCCGCGUUCGAGCAGCUCCUGGGCCAGGGGUGGGGCUGGUCCUGCACUGCGCUGGAGAUGGCCGCCGACCUGGGCGUGAACUGGUGCCCCACUCCGCCGCGGUCACCUGAGCGGGAGGCGUCACCGCGGGAGGAGGUGGUGCAGGCACCUCCGGCCGUCCAGCCCGGCCCCGUCUACCACGCACCGCCGCCCCACCUCUGGACGCCGCCUGAGUACGUCGACCUCGUCAGCGACGACGACACCGGCGGCCAGUGAAGACGGCGACGGCCACGGCACCGACGGGCGCGGCCGUUUUUUUUCUUAUUAUGUUAAUUAUGAAUUUGGGCCUUUUAAGUGGCCGUUGAAACUGGGCCGUUUUGUGGCCAACCCAUAUAUAUGUUUUAUGUUUUUUUUAAAUGCGCUUAUUUGCUUUUUUAGUUAUUUCAUUAAUUUUUUUAUUUCUGUCCACCCCGGACACGAUUUGGGGUGCGGCCGCGCGGUGGGCGCACGCACGAUCCAACGGACACGGCCGGACACGGGCGAACCCAUCGGCGCCCCAAAGGGACAAAUUCGGGCCAAUCCGAACGUCUGUUUGAGGUCGCGCGGUGGAGUUGGCCUUACCUGUCCUUGGCCAUCUCCAACAACUGCAGACACUUUAUCUGAGCAACAACCAAUUAAGUGGGACAAUUCCUGAUUCACUUACCAACUGUUCCAACUUGACCAACUUAGAUCUCUCUGUAAACUCGCUAGCGAGUGUAAUUCCACCAAAAUUAGACUUGCUUUCACAUCUGUCCUACUUAAACCUCUCCAGAAACUCCCUCGAGGGUGUAAUCCCUACGAAAGUGGGCCUCCUUUCAGAUCUGUCCUACAUAGAUCUCUCUGUAAACUUGCUAGUGGGUCAAAUUCCUCCAAAACUAAACUGCCUUUCAGAACUGAUCUACUUGGAUUUCUCUGUAAAUUUGCUAGUAGGUCAAAUUCCUCCGAGUUUAGGCUUUCUUCCUAAUCUAGCAUAUAUCUAUCUUCGAUCGAAUCAACUCGAGGGGAGCAUUCCUAAACUUGGGCAAUUGCCACAAUUGCAAGAGCUGCUCCUGGGCAACAAUAAGCUUUCAGGUGAACUCCCACACGCCAUCUUGAAUUCUUCGCUUUCGCUCCAAAUUUUAGGCUUGGAAUUCAAUAUGCUAAGCAAUGCAUUGCCACCUAAUAUUGGCGACCGUCUGCCUAGUCUCAUUCAACUUAACUUGGCCGGUAACCUGUUUGAAGGUAACAUCCCAGCUUCCCUAGGCAAUGCUCAAGGUCUAAAAUUGAUAGAUUUAUCAAAUAACAGUUUCAUUGGGAAAAUUCCUACUUCUUUUGGAAAGCUUUCAAAACUGACUAGGCUAAACCUUGAGCAUAACCAGCUUGAAUCAAGGGACAACCGAGACUGGGAGUUCGUAAAUGCAUUGAGAAAUUGUCGAUCUCUAAAUAUACUAUCACUUUCUUACAAUCCGCUGCAGGGAUCUAUUCCCCAGUCCAUUGGUGACCUAUCCCCCAGCCUUGAGACCCUCGUGCUGCUUGGAAACAACUUAUCAGGACAAGUACCCCAGAGCAUCAGAAAACUUAGUGCCUUAGCUAAACUGUCACUAGGUGAAAAUAAUUUAGGUGGUACAAUUGAAGGAUGGCUUGGUGACCUAAAAGGCCUUGCAGUAUUAUAUCUCUAGUCAAACAGGUUCACCGGACUAAUCCCAUCCUCUAUUGGCAAUCUUACUAAAUUGACAUAUCUGUAUAUAGGUGAAAAUGAGUUCAAGGGCCACAUACCGGCGAGCAUGGGAAACCUUCCACUCUUACAACUACACCUUGGUGAUAACAGUUUCCAAGGGUAUAUACCACCGGCACCGAGCUUUGUAAACCUUCAACAACUAACAUCAUUAAACCUCAGCCACAACAAUUUCCAAGGUGACAUACCUCAGAUUAGUAACCUUAUUAAUCAUCUCAUUAGUUUGGAUCUUUCAUCAAAUAAGCUUACAGGGAAAAUUCCUGAUUCUUUGGGCAAAUGUUACGGCUUAGAGAGUCUGCAAAUCGACCAAAACUUUCUUACAGGAAACAUACCAUCAAAUUUUGGUAACCCAACGUUGCUGAGUAUGCUGAAUCUUUCACACAACAACUUGUUACGCACCAUCCCAUUAACUCCAAACAGACUAGAGGCUAACAGUCUUGAUCUUUCGUAUAAUCAUCUUAAAGGAGAAAUACCCAGAAAUGGACUAUUCGAAAAUUCUACAGCUGUUUCACUUGUGGGUAAUUGGAGGCUUUGUGGAGGUUCCAUGGAUCUUCAUAUGCCCAUGUGUCCCGCUGUUUCUCGGAGGUCAGAGACACAAUACUAUUUGGUCAGAGCAUUGAUUCCAUUAUUUGGCUUUGCGUCACUUGUAAUGUUGACUUACAUUAUAUUCUUUGGGAAGAAGACGUCAAG